AUGCUCCGUCCUGGCGCCCUUUGCCAGGCACGGCACCCCACGCCUUGCCGAAACACGUUCCCCGCACAACCCCCGCACAAGCGCAGCCCCGCCGGCUUCCGCCGCCCGGCCCGGGCCGGCCCUGCCGCCUGCGGGGCGCGGCGCGCCGGAGCCGCGCUGCGGGUCACGCCCGCGCCCACACCGCCCCGGCCCCCCACACCGCCCCGGCCGCGCGGGGUCCCUCGAGGGCUUUAUGCGGGGAGCGGGCUCGGCGCGUCUGGGCGGGACGGGGUCGGUGCUGCGGGGGUUGUGGAGCCCCGACGUGUGCGGGAAAGACUGAGCAAGCGGGGUUUGGCCAGGCGGGAAAAGGCCCGACAAAAAGCGGAGCUCAGUGAGGCCCCGAGCUACCUGCUAGCAGAAUUGCGGAGUAUAACGAGAACUGUGGAACCGUUGGAAUAUUACAGAAGGUUUUUGAAAGAGAACUGUCGGCCUGAUGGAAGAGAGUUGGGUGAAUUUCGGACAACCACUGUCAACAUAGGUUCAAUUACAACUGCAGAUGGUUCUGCCCUGGUGAAAUUAGGAAAUACCACAGUGAUUUGUGGAGUAAAAGCGGAACUUGCAGCACCUGCAGUGGAUUCUGCUAAUAAGGGAUAUAUUGUUCCAAAUGUGGAGCUGCCAUCCCUCUGCGCAGAGAGGUUUCGCUCUGGACCACCUGGUGAAGAAGCUCAAGCAGCCAGCCAGUUCAUCGCAGAUGUGAUUGAAAAUUCACAGAUGCUUGUGAAAGAAGAUCUGUGUAUUGCCAAUGGCAAGCUUGCAUGGGUGUUAUACUGCGAUAUCAUAUGUCUGGACUAUGAUGGAAACCUUCUGGAUGCCAGUGUCUUUGCUUUGUUGGCAGCAUUAAAAAAUGUGCAAUUGCCGUUGGUUACGAUAAACGAAGAAACUGGUUUAUCAGAAGUUAAUUUAAAACAGAAGAAUCCUUUGAUUAUCAGAAAGCAUCCGGUUGCCACAUCAUUUGCUGUAUUUGAUGACACAUUACUCAUUGUUGAUCCAACUGCUGAAGAAGAAGAUUUAGCAACGGGAACAGUAACCAUUGUAACUGAUGAAGAAGGCAGACUGUGUUCUGUCCAUAAACCAGGUGGAAGUCCUCUUACAGGAGCCAAGCUUCAAGACUGUAUCACCAGAGCAAUUACAAGACACAAAGAAGUAAAGAAGCUGAUAGACAAAGUAAUAAAAAGUAUAACACCCAAGUGAACAAAAAAAGAGCUCUUUUCAAAAAUGGAUUUGUAAAAAUUGUAUUUGUUACAGUGUUCACAAACCUUUUAUACUAAAUAAACAAAUACCAAUACUA